AUGUCUGUCACCCUCGGCCCAGGUCCCGUUAUCAUCCCCCUCACUCAGUGGGCGGAGGACAGUAUCUCGGCAAUCUACAGUGCCACCACGGAGGCCAACUUCAACGACGCUUUCGAUGCCUUCCUCUUGAAGGAUGCGAAAAUCACCGUGAACGGAAAGCAUCUUUCCGUUGCACAGUACAAGCAGAAACUUCUCGACCAGAAAAUCCUUGAACAGAGCGCUCAGGUAUCAUACAAGGGUGCCGUUUCUGUACCUAAGAACCCCAAUGAACCUGCACAGGCCGGAAGCGUCGGUCUGUUCUUCACGGCGCUCAUCGUCGAGAAGCUCCGUGAAUUUGGUGCUCCCGUAACCCGGACCGUGACCUCAUCUGUGAACUUGACGUCAGUCCCCUUUCCCUUAAUUUGUGAUUCGGUAGUGAUCAGUAUCUGA